CAACACCAAUAACGGGGCCCAUGGCAACGCGGACUCAAACAUUUUUGCUCUCCUCUUCCGGCCGCUUUAUCAGCAUACGCUUCGUCGUGCACGUGCCAACGAAGAAAAGUACGAGCAAGCGCCUUUAGUAUACAGAGCUUCUCUAUCGCGAACCAAAAUUUCGGUACGCUUGGUCGUCCCUAAAAGGCAAGAUGCUUUUAUCCCGCACUAAGCCUGAUAUAGCCGCCUCAUCAUCGCACGGAACUUCAGACUCUAUAGGUUCAUCUGUAGGCGAUGGGAAAGUGCCAAGUCAAGAGGAAUUCCUGUCUCGACGAGAUUUCAAUGGAGCCCUCGCGUUGCUCGAGUUCCAACGCAAUGCCGGUAAGAAUUCGCUCGAAACCGACCUUUGGAUUGCGUACUGUGCCUUUCAUCUGGGCAACUAUAAGCAAGCAGCCGAGGAGUACAAUAAAGUUCUGAAGCGAAAAAAUACUUCGAAAGAAUGCUGGACUUAUCUUGCAUGCUGUCAAUUCUAUAUGGGACUGUAUCAGGAAGCAGAGAACUCCGCAGCCAAAGGCGCUGCUGGAGAUCUUCAAAAUCGUCUGCUCUUUCAUUUAGCGCACAAGGCGGGCGACGAAGCUAAGUUAAUGUCGCACCAUCAACAGCUACAGGAUAUACUGGCUGAUCAGUUAUCGCUCGCUUCUGUACAUUAUCUCAGAAGUCACUACCAGGAGGCUAUUGAUGUAUAUAAGCGCAUUCUCCUCGACAACCGAGAAUUUCUUGCACUUAACGUUUACGUCGCUUUGUGCUAUUACAAAUUGGACUACUACGACGUGUCACAGGAAGUGUUAGCUGUGUAUCUUCAGCACUUUCCCGACUCGGCGACCGCCAUUAACCUGAAGGCGUGCAAUCACUUUCGUUUGUACAAUGGAAAAGCAGCCGAGGCUGAGCUUGCCCACCUGGCAGAGCUGGCGUCACCGUCAUUCGCUUAUGCUAAGGAUCUAACCCGUCAUAAUACAGUCGUGUUUCGCGGGGGCGAAGGCGCACUGCAGGUGCUUCCGCCGCUCGUCGAUAUAUUACCCGAGGCGCGACUCAACCUCGUUAUCUACCACCUGAAACAGGAUGACAUCGAGUCUGCUCAUGCACUCAUAAAAGAGCUUGAACCAAGCGUACCGCACGAGUACAUACUUAAAGCAGUCGUGAACGCCGCCGUUGGCCAGGAACAAGGCGCCUAUCUCCUGCAGCGGGAGCACCUUAAAGUGGCGCAGCAAUAUUUUCAACUCGUCGGCGGAUCGGCUACAGAGUGCGACACGAUACCUGGUCGCCAGUGCAUGGCGUCUUGUUUUUUCCUGCUAAAACAAUUCGACGACGUUCUGUUGUACCUGAACUCUAUUAAGAGUUACUUCUACAACGAUGACACGUUUAACUUUAACUACGCUCAGGCUAAAGCGGCAACAGGAGCUUAUGCCGAAGCCGAAGACUUAUUCCUCUUAAUCCAAAGCGACAAAAUCAAACAGGACUACGUUUAUCAAAGUUGGCUGGUACGGUGCCUCAUUAUGAACCGUAAACCUCAACGGGCCUGGGAACUCUACGAACGUUUGCAGGAUUCGGCUGAAUCGUUUAGCCUGUUGCAACUGAUUGCAAAUGAUUGUUACCGUAUGGGACAGUUUAUAACGUCGCUGCGAGCUUUCGAGCAACUGGACACGAUCGAUCCCAACCCUGAGUAUUGGGAGGGAAAACAGGGAGCAACGUUAGGUAUCCUGCAAAAGGUGAUCGCUGGACAGGAACCUAAAGAAUCACUCUCGUUCGUGUGGCAGCUUCUCAAAAAGAGCAACAAUCCUCAUGCAGAACCCAUUAUUCGUGCAGUGCAGACCUGGGCCAAAGAGAAUCGAAUGCCUCUCUAAAUUGAAAAAAGAUAAUGCUAUUUUUUUAAAUAUGAGCACGCCACCUAAUUGGGAAUUUUUUAUGCUUUGUCUUUGUUGCUGACUGUAACUAAAUAAAAACUGUUAUUUGAUAAGAUAUUGUUCUAUUGCCCGAAGUAUCAUUCCGGAUAGUCAUGUCUACUUAAUGGAAGUACCAUAUAUCGCAAUUAUAGCUUUAAUUAUGGUUCUAAGCGCUCAUAGGCUCAGCCAGAUAUUCGCUUUGCGACCCUGCGAACGCCUUUUUGAGAGCACGAAUAAUCGAGUCAACGAUGCCAUCUUAAAAUAUGUUGAACCUUUGCUCAAUGACG